GCGGCUAGGGUGUCACCGCCAACCCGCUCCGGCCGGAAACGGGCGCUUGUUUCCGGCCGGACGGCCAAAAGCCACCGAUCCUGAACCAGCCGCUGGAGUCGGAGUGGCGACCCGGUGUGGAGCCGGCGGAAAGCCAUUGGGAAGAGGCCAGCUCCGUGCACCAGCCUGUGGGAAAAUCGCAAGACUAUGGCGGGGUUCUACUCAAAAGCUCGUGGUCAGAGCCUGGAGUUUGAUCUGUGUUCUGGUCACAUCCUGCUGCCUGAGAGUACUUGAUGACCCCAUGACCCUGGACAUGGAUGCUGUCCUGUCGGAUUUUGUUCGUUCCACAGGUGCAGAGCCAGGGCUGGCUCGAGAUCUUCUAGAAGGAAAGAACUGGGAUGUGAGUGCUGCCCUCAGUGACUUUGAACAGUUGCGCCAAGUCCAUGCUGGGAACCUGUCCCCACCCUUUAGUGGAGGGAGUACUUGCCCUAAGACCCCUGAAAAGGGGGGUUCGGAUAGAGAGCCCACUCGCCCUUCUCGACCCAUCCUACAGAGACAGGAUGACAUCAUUCAAGAAAAACGCCUGUCUAGGGGCAUCUCCCACGCCAGCUCCAGCAUUGUUUCCCUGGCCCGCUCCCAUGUCUCCUCCAAUGGUGGGGGUGGGGGGAGCAGUGAGCACCCCCUGGAAAUGCCCAUCUGUGCCUUCCAGCUUCCAGACCUCACUGUGUACAAAGAAGACUUCCGCAGCUUCAUAGAGAGAGACCUCAUUGAGCAGUCCAUGCUGGUUGCCUUGGAACAGGCAGGGCGUUUGAAUUGGUGGGUCAGUGUGGACUCCACCUGCCAGAGGCUGCUCCCUUUAGCAACUACUGGGGACGGGAACUGCCUCCUGCAUGCAGCCUCUCUUGGGAUGUGGGGUUUCCAUGAUAGAGACUUGGUGCUGAGAAAAGCCUUGUAUGCACUGAUGGAGAAGGGCGUUGAGAAGGAAGCACUGAAAAGGCGCUGGAGGUGGCAGCAAACACAACAGAAUAAAGAGUCAGGACUGGUGUAUACGGAAGAUGAGUGGCAGAAAGAAUGGAAUGAACUAAUCAAACUUGCCUCAAGUGAACCCAGAAUGCAUCUAGGUACCAACGGAGCCAGUGGUGGAGGAGUGGAGAGUUCAGAAGAGCCGGUAUAUGAGAGCCUAGAGGAAUUCCAUGUCUUCGUCCUUGCUCAUGUUCUCAAGAGACCCAUAGUGGUCGUGGCAGACACCAUGCUGAGGGACUCUGGAGGGGAAGCAUUUGCCCCUAUCCCGCUUUGGAGGAUCUAUCUGCCAUUGGAGGUCCCAGCCCAGUGUCACGAUCCCUCUGGUGCUCGCCAUGACCAGGCCCACUUCUCUGCACUUGUGUCGAUGGAGCAGAAGGACAGCGCCAAGGAACAAGCUGUGAUCCCACUCACAGAUUCAGAGCAUAAGCUGCUGCCCCUGCACUUUGCUGUGGACCCAGGAAAGGGCUGGGAGUGGGGCAAAGAUGACAAUGACAAUGUCCGAUUGGCCAGUGUAAUCCUGUCUCUGGAAGUGAAGUUGCAUCUGCUGCAUAGCUAUAUGAAUGUGAAGUGGAUCCCUCUGUCUUCCGAGUCACAAGCUCCUCUGGCCCAGCCCGAGUCCCCCACAGCCUCAGCUGGAGAUGAACCCAGGUCCACUCCUGAGUCUGGGGAGUCAGACAAGGAGUCGGUUGGCAGCAGUUCUAUCGGCAAUGAGGGCAGCAGGCGGAAGGAGAAGUCAAAGCGCGACAGGGAGAAGGACAAGAAGAGAGCAGAUUCCGUGGCUAACAAACUGGGCAGCUUUGGCAAAACCUUGGGCAGCAAGCUUAAGAAGAACAUGGGGGGCCUGAUGCAUAGCAAGGGCCCCAAGCCUGGAGGGCUGGGGAGUGGGUCUGGAAUAAGCAGUGGUACGGAGACAUUAGAGAAGAAGAAGAAGAACAACGCGUUGAAGAGCUGGAAGGGUGGCAAGGAGGAGGCAGCUGGCGAUGGGCCUGUGUCUGAGAAGCCCACAUCUGAGCCUGUCGGCAACGGAGGGAGCAAGUAUAGCCAAGAGGUGAUGCAAAGCCUGAGCAUUCUGAGGAUCGCCAUGCAAGGGGAGGGCAAAUACAUUUUUGUCGGAACCCUGAAGAUGGGCCACCGGCACCAGUAUCAGGAGGAGAUGAUCCAGCGCUACCUUGCAGAUGCUGAGGAGAGAUUCCUGGCAGAGCAGAAGCAGAAGGAGGCUGAGAGGAAGAUCAUGAAUGGAGGGUUAGUUAGUGGGCCUCCUCCAGCCAAAAAGCCAGAGCCGGACGGUGGGGAGGACCAGCCCAGUGACUCCCCAGCAGAGUCCAAGGCAACGGGCUUCUCUCCUGGUUACCCUGGGGGCUUUACUAUUCCUCGACCUUCUGGGGGUGGAGUCCACUGCCAGGAACCUCGGAGGCAGUUGGCAGGGGGUCCAUGUGUAGGGGGCCUUCCAUCAUAUGCCACCUUUCCCAGACAGUACCCUCCUGGGCGACCCUACUCCCACCAGGACAGCAUCCCAUCUCUGGAGCCAGGCAAAGAUGGAGUUCACAGGGGUGCCUUGUUACCACCCCAGUUCCGUGUGGCUGAUUCCUAUAGCAAUGGCUACAGAGAGCCACCAGAGCCAGAUGGAUGGGCUGGAGCUCCCCGGGGACUUCCCCCAACCCAGACCAAAUGCAAACAACCGAACUGCAGCUUCUAUGGACACCCUGAGACAAACAACUUCUGCUCUUGCUGUUACAGGGAAGAACUGAGGCGGAGGGAACGGGAACCUGGUGGGGAACUGCUGGCACACAGGUUCUGAAUGGCUAGAACCUUAGUGGGGAAAGGGACUAAACAAAGAAAGUUAAGCUCAACUCUGGCUCAUCAGGACCCAGCCCCUGUGUUGAUGGGGCAAGUGCAGAAAUGUGUGUGGGAGCUGGAGUGCUGGCAGGCUGGCAGAGAGCAGGACAGGGCUAGCACUACCCCGAGGGCAGUAGUGCUCCUCUGCACAGUUGACUUGAGACUGCAAGGCAGAAGAGGGAGGGAGGUUCUAGCUCAACCUCUUGGGUCCCAAUCCCAGGACCCAAGGGGAAGUAGGGAAAUACUAGGUGUGUGUGGGUGGGAGGUGGGUGGACACCUUCAGGGAGGACCCUGGAAAGAAAGUUCUCAAUCGGUUAAGGAAAAAAUAGACCAAAGUUCAUUGACUUUAGAAGAAAAGCACAUGGUAGUGUACUUGGGAGUAUAGAGUGAGUCUGUGAUACUGAACAAGUUUGAUUUUGGUUUGAAUUAGGUAGAUUUUAGGGUUGGAUAAAUUCUUCCUGAAGGAUCAAGGCAGUAAUGUGUGUGCUUGGCCUGGUCACACAGAAAGCGUCCUUUAAAUCCUAGUGAAUGAAAAUAGGGAAGGGAGGGCUUAAAGGAGGGCUCUCUCCUAGAGAGUUUUAGGUUCUAGAUACCCAUCUGCCAUCCACUCUAGUUUUAGGGGAGACUGCCUGUUGCCCCAUCCUUUCCGCAUCCUUUUUAAGGACUGAGCUCAGCUAAGUUAAGAUGUUGUGAUUUUUUUUUUUUUGAUAUUUUAUUUUAAAAGCAAGUUCCUUUUGGAAAGAGAAAAGUGGUAAAAGCAGCCUUGUAUGUGGGAUUUUCUUCAGGUGAACGGGUGCAGAGUGAUCUAUUUUUUAACUCCUUAGCAAUAACUACACGUGGACUUGAGUGCACCUGAGAAGGGACGGAGGAGCCAGGUGUUUGGCCAGACUGUUUGAAACAAUACCAAAACCUCUAUCGAGCACUGUCCUCUGCUGCUGUGUUUCCGUAGAGAGCAACCUAUUUUAUUGACUAAUUUUUUUAAAGAAAAACUCGACUCUGACAAAAUUUAAAAAUUACUUACUCCCCUCCCCUAUCUAAAUGAUUUUUUUCUCCUUCCUGUGUACUUCUGGAGAAUGAACUUAACGUCCUGGCUUCUUUUGUUAAGCCAUCGCUGACCUUAGUCUGUGGUUAGUUUAUUAAAAUAAUAAAAAACACUUUGUAAGAAGAAUUAUUUUUGAUAUUAGGACUGGAGUUGAAGCAUGGUAUGGGGGCUAGGGGCCACUUAUAAAAAGGUAGCUAGAGAAAUAUAUUUUAGUGAACUGUAGCCACAGGCCACAGAUUAGUUCCAGUGAGCUGAUCUGGCUUUGGAUUUCUCCCUUUUCCUGAGCCAGCCCUGUUCUCCAGAGAAGUAGGGGUGGACCCAAUGGCGAGAGCUCCCUUGCAAUUUGCACAAAGCACAAGUCUGGACAGUUUAUGCUCUGACCAGAGCUGUUUCUAAGAGCUUUAAACCUGAAGACUAUCCUGCGCCAUUGCCCUUUCUCCUUAUUUUUUUUCCUGGGGAAAAAAAUCAUCUAUGCAAUUCUAUACACUUGUGGAUGCAUGUGAAGAAGGUGUGAGUGUGCUGCCUGUGUCCAGACUGUUAUCUGGAGCUGAUUCUGGGCUCCGGUUUCUCUGCUGAGGUAUGCCGUCACCCACUAGUGGAAUGUAGUCCCCAAAUUUGAUUUAAGUCACAAAUGGCUCUAUAUGUGCAUGUAUACGUUUGUGUGUGUGUGUGUGUGUGUGUGUGUGUGAGAGAGAGAGAGAGAGAGAGAGAGAG